AUGUCUCUCAUAUUCACUCCUGAUCGUUUUGAAUCUCAAAUGAAUCGUCUCUUUAGCGAUGCCUUCAAAGACUUUAAUGUUGGUCGUGUGAGCGAAGGCGGAGUCAAAUGGAGGCCACUUAUCGAU